AUGCCCGUGCAGGUUGUGACAGCCGAGGAACUGCGGCUCGGCAUGCAUCUUCAAGAGCUCUCGGACGCCUCGCACGAGCAGAUCGAGGCCGUUGAUCUCCAGGGCCGGGGCUUGUUGCACCACGCCGCGCUGGCCAACGACGCGGAGUGCAGGGAAGCUGCAGCAAGCUUAGCAGCUUGGCACUUUGCGAUGGAGCUCAACAGAAACGAGACAGUGAGGAAGAUUCAAUUGGUCUUAAAGGUCCGCACCGUCAUCCGGCUAACGCCACGCCAACCGCUUGAGCUGGCGGAAGAGGCGACAGUCGACGGCGUCGAGUCCCUCAAGGCGCUGAUCGAGAUGGGGGUGCCUUUCGACAAGCACAUGGGGCCCGGCAAGUUGGACGACGGUUCGGUGGUCUUGGUGCGGACGCGUGAAGCUGAUGAAGAGGUGGGCGCAGAAUGGCAGUUGGCCCUGGUGCGUGGUCUGGCCGGCAACAACCUGACAGUGAAGUUCCAUGGCACCAAGGAGACAAAGGUGCUCAUCGAGCAGUGCGAGGUGGCUCCAACACCACUUGUGCUGGCCGAAAAGUUGGGCCAACAGGUCAUUUAUGAUUUGUCGGUAAAAUUGUUUGGAUGGCCGGGAGUAUUGGAAGAGGAUGAAAUUGGCUUCUGGGACAACCGGUGCGCCAGAGAAUAG